GGUCCACUAGCCCUGGGCUUGGGAGUUAGCUUGCAGUUAACACUUGGACACCUGUGGGUCUGCAGGGCAGGGCAGCGGAGCCACGUCCUCAAUCCGCUGGGGGUCUGCUCCCAAGCCCACUCUGCUCCAUCCAGACCAGCUUGUGCCCCCCCCGGACUCCUGUAGCGCCCCCCGCCCCCACAAGAGCCACAGCCCACUUUGCCAAGAUGUCCAAGGUAGCCAAGUAUCGCCGGCAGGUGAGUGAAGACCCUGACAUCGACAGCCUGCUGUCCACGCUGUCUCCCGAGGAGAUGGAGGAGCUAGAGAAGGAGCUGGAUGUGGUGGAUCCGGAUGGGAGCAUUCCCGUGGGCCUGCGGCAGAGAAACCAGACAGAGAAGCAGUCCGUGGGCACGUACAACCGGGAAGCCAUGCUCAACUUCUGUGAAAAGGAGACCAAGAAACUUAUUCAGAGGGAGAUGUCCAUGGAUGAAAGCAAGCAAGUGGAGACCAAGACAGAUGCCAAGAAAGGAGAAGAAAGGGGCAGAGAUGCCAGCAAAAAACCCCUGGGCCCCAGACGGGACUCAGACCUGGGGAAGGAGCCAAAGAGGGGUGGUUUAAAGAAGAGCUUCUCAAGAGACAAAGAUGAAGCUGAUGGCAAAAGCGGAGAGAAGCCCAAGGAGGAGAAGCUCAUCAGGGGCAUUGACAAGGGCCGGGUCCGGGCUGCUGUGGACAAGAAGGAGGCAGGGAAGGAUGGGAAGGGAGAGGAGAAGGCAGCAGCCCCAAGGAAGGAGGACGAGAAGAAAGGCAGUGACAGGAGUGCAGGGACAAGCAGAGACAAGGACAAGAAGAGAGAGGAGAAGGAGAUAAGCAAGAGAGAGGACGACAGGAAGGGAAAAGGGGAGAGUAGGAACGCAGACACCAAGAAAGAGGGUGAGCAGAUGAAAAGAGGAAGUGGGAACACAGACACAAAAAGGGAGGAAGAGAAAGUGAAAAAAGAUGAGUCCAUAAGCGAAAAGGAACCCAAAGAAGAGAACAAGACCCAAGCGCAGGAGAAACCAGCCCCGGCUUGCCCCACCAAGCCCUCUGAAGGGCUUGCCAAGGCGGAGGAGGAAGCAGCUCCCAGCAUAUUUGAUGAGCCUCUGGAGAGAGUGAAGAACAAUGACCCAGAGAUGACCGAGGUGAAUGUCAACAACUCAGACUGUAUCACAAAUGAGAUCUUGGUCCGGUUCACCGAGGCUCUGGAGUUCAACACGGUGGUCAAGGUGUUUGCCCUGGCCAACACACGCGCUGACGACCACGUGGCCUUCGCCAUCGCCAUCAUGCUCAAGGCCAACAAGACCAUCACCAGCCUGAACCUGGACUCUAACCACAUCACAGGAAAAGGCAUCCUCGCCAUCUUCCGGGCCCUCCUCCAGAACAACACGCUGACGGAACUCCGCUUCCACAACCAGCGGCACAUCUGCGGUGGCAAGACCGAGAUGGAGAUUGCCAAGCUGCUCAAGGAGAACACUACCCUGCUUAAGCUGGGCUACCAUUUCGAGCUGGCUGGGCCCCGGAUGACAGUCACCAACCUGCUCAGCCGCAACAUGGACAAACAGCGACAAAAGCGACUCCAGGAGCAACGGCAGGCCCAGGAGGCUGGUGGUGAGAAGAAGGAUCUGCUGGAGGUGCCCAAGUUAGGGGCCCUGGCCAAGGGCUCCCCAAAACCCUCCCCCCAGCCAUCUCCAAAGGCCUCGCCCAAGAACUCGCCCAAGAAAGGGGGCGCUCCAGCUGCUCCGCCCCCACCCCCGCCUCCCUUGGCCCCGCCCCUAAUCAUGGAGAACCUGAAGAACUCAUUGUCACCAGCCACCCAGAGGAAGAUGGGAGACAAAGUCCUCCCCGUCCAGGAGAAGAACUCCCGCGACCAGUUACUGGCCGCCAUUCGCUCCAGCAACCUCAAGCAGCUCAAGAAGUUAAGUAGUCGCGGGCCUGGGCCAGCAGGGCUGGAGAAGAGGGGAGCCUGUCUGGGGAACAGGGGGCAGAGCGGGCCAUGUCAGGCUGCAGGCUGCGGACAGACUGCAGCGCCUGUGUGGCAUCUCCAGCCAUCGCAGCCAUCCCCCUGCCUCUGGGCAGGCUGCCCCGGUGUCCAUUAGAGGGAGACUCUCUCCUUCCUGUAAGGAGCUUCCUUUAGCCUCUCACUCCAUGCCUCUAACUUCACCACCCUGCAGCUAACCAGGGUCUCCCAGAAAUGGAGAAACAGUCUCUGUCUAGUAGUUCUGCCUCUGGUCCUGCCAUUAAGUCUUCUCUUCCCUCUUCCCAGAGCAAAAAUGAUCUCCCUUUUAUGAAUUCCCUCUGAGGACUAGCCAAAUCCUACUGAUCAGUGUAUCCCAAAAGUCUUUGGGAGAUUCAGCCCUCGGGAGGGUCUCCCCUGUGACUAAUCAGUGCCCCAGACACAUGAACCAUCCCUAGAGACCCUGCUCCUCAAAGUUUCCCCUUCCUCCACCUCAGGCGACAGAGGCCAUGGUCAUCUGCCUGUCGGACUGGAUGGCGGCAGCGAACCCUAGCCCCACAACAUCAUCUGGGGCUAGACGCCGCGACAUAAAGGACAACCUCAGUUGUAAUGCUAGUGGUCAUUUGAUGACAUCCAGUUUUUACAGACAAGGAAAAAUGCUUCAUCUGUGUCCACAGCUCAUUUAUUCAUUCCACAGACAUCUAUGGGGGGUCUGGUUUCCAGAAGGAAGGGAGGCCAGAUGAAUUCCAGAGGCUCCUUUGCUGAGCUCCUUUCUCUAAACUGUCUCUGCUUUGCCCUUACAGGUCGAGGUGCCCAAACUGCUUCAGUAGGACCAGACUGCCAGGGGGCACCAUCUGCCAAUGCCAAGGCUGCCCCGGCCUCGCCUCCCAGGGCCGCACAGACCCCACCCACCCCACCCUUGGCUGACCUGCUGUGGAUGCCCCUCCUCUGCCAUGGGAGAGCAUGAGGCUUGGCCACACUCAAGGAAGGAUGCCUUCUCUCUUCUCACUUUCCUUUUCUUGUCUCUGAGGCUCUCCAAAAAUUUCUUUUAUACCUGGAGCUGAGGUUUCUGGACAAGAAGAGUCCUUUUAGCAUAUCACUGAGAAGAAUGCCAUGCCUGGGGCCCAAGUAACUGGCAAGUUGCGAAAGGCCUGUGAUCCAGGGAAGAUGUCCUCCCAGGACCACAUAACCAGCCCAGCCCCACUGCCCUCCAGGGCCAGGAUUCAGGCCUCUGAGGAGCCCUUGGGGCAAAGCUGCUGGGCCCGAGGCCCUCUGUGUGGGACAAUGGCAGAAGAUUGAGAAGGGCAUGAGGGCCCAAGGGCAGAAGGAGGCAGGGCUGAGGAUACCCUCAAACCCCUCCUGGGCUAAUCAGAGGACAUGGCAGGGGCAGCUGGCCUGGUGGGGAGUGGGCUCCAGCUGGGAGGAGAGGGACAGACAGCAGCUGGUCCUGAAGGUUUGAUGCCAAAGCAGACAUUUCCCUCACACCCACCUGCUGUUGUAUAAAUAGCUGUGUAUCUGUUUUUCCAUAAGAUUUUGAUAAUAUAUACAAGCCUUUAGUUGUGAA